GAGCUCUGAGUAGUGUUCUUGUUUCACUAACAACUCACAAGCUCAGUGUGUUCACAGAGCAGAGAGGGCUCACUUAUUAGUCCCUUUUGAACUAGUGUGCUAUCUCAACUUCCCACUCAGUUAAAAAGUCAAGGCCUUUCAGAAAGUUUCCAGUUUUUUUUUUUUUUUAGUUCUUCUUUGGCUUCAGUCAGUUGAAGCAGGAUUUUUAUUCCUUAUCUUUGAUGGUUGAGUGAUUUUUGGUGAUGGCUUGUGGGGAUCUCUCAAGAUAAAGAUAGAGAUUGUUUUCUCUCUCGUUGUGUUUUUUUUUUUAACAUCACCUUUUGGUUUCCAGCAGAGGAAGUUUGGAUUUUUAAGUGAAUUUGUGGACAGAUGGCAAUUCAGAUUGAUCGCUAGCUAGUCCUUUGUUGGUGUUCUGGGUCUCUAGUGAAAAAAAGCUUGCAACUUUGAUGGGUUCUUUGCUCGAUUUUGAUUCUUCUCGAGAAUAAGCGAGCUCGAAUCUUUCAGAAAAUGUGGCAAUCCCAAUAGCCAGAAUAAAGCGAAAAAAAAGUUUGGUUCUCUACGGUUUACAUUCAGUUUGAAGUAAAAGAAGGCAAUUUGCCUUUAGCUUUUCUUGUUGUUCCUGGCCCCUUGUUGGCGUGUUAGUAUUAUUAUUAUUAUUUCUAGAUUGUGUUUUCCUCUUACUGGAAUUCUGAGAAGUGAGUUAUAGAUUGCCCUUUUGCAUUCAAAGUUGCACUCCUCCGUGUCUUUCUUCAUGCCUCUCUCUGAAGUACAUAGAACAGCAACAAGGAAAGAGCUGGAAAAUUCUCAGUCCAGGAUGACAAAUUACUCAUCAGAUCUAUCUUCAUUCAUGCCUGAUGAUGAAUUUGUUGAGCUACUGUGGGAGAACGGUCAGCUUGUUGUGCAGUGCCAAUCCAAUAGGCCUAAGAAGAGCUUUUUCACCAGCAAUGCCUCCAGCCAAACUGGCAAAGCUCACGACAAGAAUGGCAAUGUGAAGAUGGGGAGGUUCAGUUCAAUGGAUCAGGUGGUAGAUGAAUUAUCACCCGUAGUGCCAUCAGUUGUGGGAUUGAACAGUCAAGAUGAUGAUGAUAAUAAUAAUAUUAAUGGUUCAUGGAUGAAUUACCCCAUUGAGGAUCCGUUGGUCCAGAGUGAUUACUGCUCUGAAUUCUUGUCUGAAUUCUCUGGAGUUGAUUUGAACUCUGUGGCCACUAAUGCCAAAGGCAACAGCAAUGUUGUCGCAACGACUACUACUGAGAGGAUCACUAGCUUUGGUUUUGGAAGAGCUUCUCAGAACAUACAAGUUGGCAAUGCUUCUAGAGGGAUUACAGGAGGAUCAGAUCCCCCCAGUAGGAUCAGGAAAAGCCAGUUAUUUCAGUUGCCACAGCAAUGCCAGAGUGCAAUUCCAAAUAGCAAACCAAAAGAAGCAACUGAAUACCAUAACCAUGGCAGCACUAGUAGUCAUCAGGGUUCUUCUGCUGAUGGUGGUGGUGUCCUUCUGAAGACAUGGUCUCAGAAACAACAAGAUACAGCAAACACUAAAGUGCCUCAAGCGAGCAGUGGCAGUAGAGGCGGUGCUGGCUUGAUGAACUUCUCCCACUUCUCAAGAGCUGCUUCUUUGUUUAAGGCCAAUCUUCAGGGUAGUGAUAGGUUGAGGAGCAACAAGAAGGCAUCCACUGCUGGCAGUAGUAAACCUUUGGAGUCUUCUCUGAUCAAUUCAAACAGUGGCUUCAAGAGCAUCAGUGGUGCAAUCCAAGGUAAACCAGCUUCUGCUCUUCUUCAUGAUGUGGCUCAAAGAUCAUCUACAAAAAAUAUUCAGGAUGUGGCUUCUGUUCAACAAGCAGAAGCACAUAAGAAUCACGGCAAAGUUGUCAUUGCUAGUCCUAAGCCUUCUGAUCAAAGUAAGGGUCAAAGCACAGGGCCGUCUGGAAAGCAGGAAACAGAGAAGGCUCCUGAAGCACCAGUGGCUUCCUCUGUGUGUUCAGGCAACAGUGUUGGUGCUGCAUCCAAUGACCCUAUAUACGGAGCAGCAAAGAGGAAAUGCAGGGAAGGAGAAGAAUCUGAAUACCAAAGUGAUGAUGUGGAAGAUGAUUCAGUGGGCUUGAAGAUAUCUGAUUCUACCGGCUGCAAAAGUGCAAAGAGAAGUCGUGCAGCGGAAGUGCACAAUUUGUCUGAAAGAAGGAGGAGAGACAGGAUCAAUGAGAGAAUGCGUGCGCUGCAAGAGCUUAUACCAAACUGUAAUAAGGUGGACAAGGCUUCAAUGCUUGAUGAGGCCAUUGAGUAUCUUAAAACACUUCAACUUCAAGUGCAGAUCAUGUCAAUGGGAGCUGGAAUGUGCAUGCCUCCGAUGAUGAUGCCUCCAGCAAUGCAGCACCUUCGAGCGGCACCAAUGUACUCACCAAUGGGGUUAGGAAUGAGUAUGGGAAUGGGAAUGGGCUAUGGAAUGGGAAUGUUUGACAUGAAUGGUUCCCCAAGUUUGCAUGGGUUGCCUGGUGGACCUGCAAGCCUUCAGAUGUUUGGAAUCCCUGGGAAGGGACUUCCAAUUCCAACGCCUCAGCUGCCACAGUAUACCCCUUAUUCAACACUUCCUAUAAGGCCUGACACAAUGGCUGAAAGAUCAGGGGUGGUGGCAGGAACAACCUCUCCUGUAUCAGCAGCACCGCCUGUAGUAGAAACUGCGCCCUCUUCGAGUUCCAAGGAAAUCCCUCACUUAAACGUGAACUGCGAAGCCCCACACCAAACGAAAGCAGAUGAUUCACUGAUUCCGAGCUCCUCUAUUCAGGCUCUGAAAGAUCAAACUGUUGUAUCACAAAUGAGUGAUCAAACUCUGCAUGUAAGUGGAAAAGGCUCCACCAAUUCUAUCAGGAAAAAUGAGAGUGGUGCUCCCUGAGCAACUGGCAAGCAGCAGUAUUUCAUGAAUGAUUUUGCUUUAGGGAUACCUAGAGUCCUAGAGCCGGCUUUCUGUUCAAACAAGCCAGCCAUCAAUCCUAGACUAGAUAUGGAUCGAAUUGGUUGGGAAUCAGCAGACAUCAAAGAGUUUCACAUUUCACACAUUUGUUUUCUUCUUCAGGUAGAGUGAGCACACGACAUGCAGAAUUCCAGGAUGCAUAGUGUGCACAGAAUGCAGGGUUUCAUGGACACAGUUGAGGGAGUGGCCAAGCAGUUAGAGGAGAUAUCAGAUUGUACUAGAAAUGAAGGUGCUAACAUUUGUGUAACAUUUUCUUUCCAUUAGUGGAACUGAUAUUCUACUUUUUCAUUGACAAGUAAAUAUGACUUCUCUUCCA